AAUAAAUCGAACGACGCUGAGCCGAUCAGCAGUACGGUAUUUGCUAAACGUGUUCGCUUCGCGUCAGUGUGAUGAUCAAAACGAACGGUUAUCGUCACUCUCAUUGUUGUUCGUGGCACUGUGCGAAGACGAAACAGCCGUGAUCCGUAAUUCGUGCUUCGAGCACCGAGUUGCUAGGUAGAGAAAAGUCCGAGAACCUGCGUCGUCGUUCGCUGCCGCGGUCACGGAUGCAUAUGGAGGUGUCCCCGAACCGGCGCUGUCUGAACCAGCUCAACAGCUGAUCGGAGUACGAAGCGGCGGUGAACGGGGCCACUAUCGCACCACCACCCCGCGUUUCGGUGAAAUCCCUUCAGCCUCGUGUCCACUGGGUAAAAGGCAAAUUUUGGCGAAGGAAGAGAUCUAUCCUCGCGCUCUUGGCGAAAGGAUAGGACGACGGAGCAAGAACGAAGUGUCCCGCCCGCUUGGAUACGCCAUUCAUCAUGGUCAAAACUUUUCAAGCGUAUCUACCUUCCUGUCAUCGCACUUACUCGUGCAUUCACUGCCGUGCUCAUCUCGCCAAUCACGACGAACUCAUUUCUAAGUCCUUCCAGGGUAGUCAAGGUCGUGCCUAUCUCUUUAACUCCGUGGUGAACGUAGGUUGCGGUCCUGCCGAAGAGCGAGUUCUAUUGACCGGGCUGCACGCAGUCGCCGAUAUCUAUUGCGAAUGUUGCAAAACCACUUUAGGAUGGAAAUACGAGCAUGCAUUCGAGUCGAGUCAGAAAUACAAGGAAGGAAAAUUCAUAAUUGAACUUGCCCACAUGAUCAAGGAGAAUGGAUGGGAAUGAAGAGCAGAGAGAGGAAUGCAAGUUCUCUGUGCCUCUUGUCAAACUUUUCCUGACAAUGCCUACAAUGUUGUUCUAAUUGCAAUGUGCGACCCCUCUCCAUUCGAACCACCAACGAAAGUCUGUGAUUUCAUUUGUGAUUUGUAAUCUUAGUAAUUUUUAUGUUUCGGACAAUUCGUCACCGAUUUCCGUUGACUCUAAUCAAAUCGAGUAAGCGAAGAUACACAGGCGGUCCGUGAUCGCUAGUGGACACACUUCACACACCAAGUAUCGCAAAGAAAUUAUUUUUCAAACGAAGAAAAGAUAGAGUAAGACAAUGAUGUCGAGCGACGGUGAAUAUGAUGAGGAAGAAGGUGCCAUGGUGGGAAUAAAGAAGCGAGAUUGCUCGAUACGAGCAGUGGGGUGCCCCCAUUCUCCAUCUAAUCUCGAUUCAUUAUUCUUGUAGACAUUGCGUGCGUCGUACAUGUCAACGAUGAAUGAUGCAGAUUAAUGCGCGGGGCACCCCAAAAUCAGUUUUAUCCGUUACGCACCGGAACAGCGCAAGUGCCACAGAUUUUGCCGGACUGAUCGCCUGCCUGCCGCGUCUGUCAUUGGAAUUUCACACUGCCGAUAUUCCUAAUAUUAAUUAAGAUACUAUACGUCGUAUUUAGACGGCGCAGUAGCAUAGUUCUAGUUUAGCAUUACAUCAUAGAAUACUAAAGCCUAUAUUAUAUUAUUAUAGGACCUCGUGGAUAUAGAAUAUAGGGAUAAAUAAGAAUCAUGAAGAUAAGAAGCGUGGAGGGGGGAGGAGGAGAGAAAGAGAAAGAGAGAGAGAGGGAGAGAGUGUGAGAGUAAAUGUUGAAAGAGGGAGAGAGAGGGUUAUAAAAGAAAACGGUGUUUGGUUAUGUGUCACGUAUUUGGUUUUACGUUCACCAUGUCUGCCAAACUGUCUGUUUAUCUCUGCCAGUAUAUACUAUUAUUACAGUAGUAUCAUAUUGUAAUACGUUAACGUUUCCAUUGGCUGAGCAGGAUAUGGUACGAUUACAUCUUUUUGUUGCGAAAUCUUGGAACUGCGCCUUCCUAUGCACGCAAUAUAUUAUUUAAAACGUAGAAAAGGGUGAUUGCUCAUUUCUUUUAAUAUCGAUCUCAUAAAUAUUUUAUAGGAUUCAAACGUAUUCGCGCAAUUUGCUAGUGACGAUGGUUGCGGUGGACCUUGUUCUCGUAAAAAUGUACUUUCCGGAUCGAUAUUUGAAAUUACUGACAAGAAGUUAAAUUCACCGAUGAUCAAUUUUCAUUGAACAUUAAAUGCGUAAAAGUUUACUGUCAAAUCCAUCCAUGAUACAAAGUUGCUUCUUACGUUACAUUGGAGCGUAUAAUGCGGUUUUUGGAUGAGAGUGAAUGAGUAAGUGAGUGAAUGAGUGAGUGAGUGAGUGAGUGAGUGAGUGAGCGAGUGAGUGCGUAAAUGAGAGAGGGAGAGAUAGUAUGUGUGUGUGUGUGUGUGUGUGUGUGUGGCGCGUGGAAGUAUGGCGCGAAAGGUAAAGAAUGAAAAAGAAAGGAGGAAAAGUCUCACGGAAACUUCAUUAUAUAGGUUGGUUAUAUAUGAGUUUAUUAUUAUUGCUAUAUUCCUCGAUGCGCUCUUCCGUUGUUAUCUUCUUGUUACAGUCAUCGAAAGAAAACGGUAGUUAAUAUUUGGAUCAUUCGGAAUUGAUCUGCAAUUACAUAGUAUAUAUUUAUGGCGUGUGCACUUGUACUAUUAGAGAAUUACGAGUCCAGAGCAAACAAGAGUCGCAUCUGUGUGUGCAUGAGAUACUUAAGGACUAAAUCGAGGACUCGCGAAAACUGCUACUUAAUGACAUUAAUCGCGCGCGACUUCUACAUAGAAAAUUGUUCUUUCUCUGUGUGCGUAUUAUUCAUUAACAGGAAGAUAGCGUUGUUGCGUUUAUUGCAUCAAGCGAUAAUAUGCGUGUAUAUUGUAUAAAAUAUUUGUACAAUGCCAGUGAUCUUUCUUUUUGCACUAUUUUUCAUUACGAUAUUACGUUUAUAAAAAAGAAAAAAAAUGUUUCGCUCUCAAAUGCCUACAUAUGAAAGUGCAAUGUACUCGCGCGUAUAUGAAAAAAAGAAUAUCUGCCGCCUGCCAGCUCAACAGAUCGACAGACAGAUGGACCGAUCGACCGACAGACUGACCGACCAAUUGACCGAAUAAAUAGCGAAAGGAACGAAUGGACGAAUGAAUGUGCCGGCCUAAUAUUCACGCUGUCACUCAAAGAGUACUUUUUAUAUUAAUGUGUCGAUAUAUCCUUAUCCGCACUCACCUUUCCAGAACUUGGUUAAAAUAUAUUUACCAACACUAACUCCGUAGUCUUCAGCCUCACCAUUCAACAUUCAACACUUCCACCGUCGCAAGAUUUUGCUUUGUAAAACGUGUUCUUAAUAAAAAAA